CGAUCCACACUAGCUUCACGAGGCACUUCGGAAAAUACACCCAGUGCAGCAGCAAAACAUUAGCUUAGCUAACCGGCUAGCUUCAAGUGCGUUGGUCCUUUGAUAAAUCAUCUAUGAGUCGCAAGAGAAAUCAGACUUAUUCAGGCACUCACCUGUCCCCCGAAUUACAAGGAGCAUUCAUGGAAACUCCUGGGUCGACGUGCCGUCCCGACGGCGAUUUCCUGAAUCUGGAGUCCGACGAAGAGCUUCUGUGCUCGGUGAGCUCGGUCAGCGAACACCUGGGCAGGAACAUCAGCGCCGCUCUGGACGCCGCCAUGGCCGAGAUACGACACAUUCUCGGCAUCCGGAUACGGGCGCUCAAGAUGGAGCUGAGGGACAAAACCGACGAGAUUGCGCUGUUGAAAGCGAAGCUAAGCAACGUUAAUAGAGAUGCCAAGGAGGCUGUGGAAGCUCCUCCUGAUGCUACGGAGGCUCCAGACGCUGCAGAGGCUUCCGAUGGCGCCGCCUUCAGAAGCUCCAAGAUGAUCAGCGUGGAUCCAAAAAGAGAGAAAAAGUCCCUUCUGCCCGGGGUGAAGAAAGAAAACAUUGACGCCAUUUGCAACUACUUGAUGAAAGACAAGAACUCGAGGGGGGCCACGGAGAUGGACGGAGGUGACCAGAGCAGCCAGGAGGAGGAUCAGCAUCCCCUCCAGCUGUGGCCGGAUGGCGGGAUGAGCGUCUCCGGGCCUCCUGGACACACAGAUGACAUCUUCAACAUGCUGCCGUCCAGCAGCCGACGCGUGUAUGACUACGAGUGGAUUGCACCCAUGGAGUAUUCGUCAGACCUGAAGGUCGGGAAGCAGCCGGAGUGUGACAAUGAGGAGGAGGACGAAGGCUCAGCGGAACAGACUUCGUCUCGUUUCCCGCACGUCCAGCCCGCCGGUUUCUCUGCUGUGCCCGGUUCCCCCGGUGAGGGUGGCACACAUCCACUCCCUGAGGCAGGCCAGCCGUUCCCCAACCACACCUUCAUCUGCUCUUUGUGCGGAACCUUCUGCCCCGAUUCGGCAUUCCUGGAGGAACACGUUAAACUCAUCCACCCGGACACUGCUGGCGCUCAAGCCCUGCAAGGCCCGCAGACCACCGCCGGAGACCAAGGACAGGCAUUGGACGACGGGGAAGGACGACCUGACAAAAAGGAGGUCCCGCUCAAGGGCAGGUACGAGUGCGACGACUGCGGUCGUCAUUUUAACUACCUGGGCAACCUACGGCAGCACCAGCGCAUCCACACCGGGGAAAAGCCCUUUGUGUGCCCGGACUGUGGGGAGCGCUUCCGCCACGCCGCCCGCCUCAAGAGCCACAGGCUGGUGCACAGCGGUGACCAGAGCCCCUUCCCGUGCCUCCAGUGUGGCAAAGGCUUCUCCGUCCUCUCCGGCCUCAAGAGACACCAGCGGGUACACACCGGAGAGAGCCCAUACGCGUGCCCGCAGUGCGGCAGGCGCUUCAAGGAGCUGGGCAACCUGUACACCCACCAGAGGAUUCACAGCGGCGCCACGCCGUACUGCUGUCAACAGUGCGGACGCAGCUUCCGCCACCUGGGCACUUACAAGAGUCACCGGUGCGCACCCCCACAGUGACCCGAGUCGGCAGACCGCAUCAGAGUUGACUUUGCGUCAAGUCCGCCCGCAGACGACUGACAAUUGGCGUUAUCCCGGCGGUCUGCUCACGCAAUACGGUCACGUUCUCCGAUGACAUCGCGCGGCACGGCGGCCGAUCCUCUGCUGAUGCUAAGCGUGCAAAUAUCGAGUCGUGUAUAUAACCGGGGUUGUGUGCUGUUACACACUAUCUUGUGUGAAACAAGCGUUUUCGGUUUCAAAACAAUCGAAGUCAAAGCUAACCACUGACAAUCCUUUUUUUCAAUAAAUAAUUACAACCUAUUAACAAGA